GCCCUUAGCUAGCCGAGCUAGACCGAGCGAGCUAAACAACGAGAAAAAACAACCUCUGCAUCAACUUUAUGCGAAGUUGUCGCUGGUUUCAUUACAGAUCCUGUGUUUGUGUGGCCCCCUGCCCCCCCUCAGUUAAGAGCUGAGGUUUGGGGUCAGGUUUUGGGCUAAUGCCACACAGUCCUUGUGAAAAGGGGGGUCCACCUCAGGCUGCCCCAAACGUCAACACCCAAGACCUGUUUGACAACCCCACUAAGACAGCAGAGAACACACCUGAGGAUCAGGUGAAGGCGCCGCCUGCAGUGGAUGAAGCCUCUCCUUCUUCCACGUCCUCCUUUGAGAUGCUUGCCACGGAGUCGGUCCCUGCUCCUUAUCAAGAAGUGCAGCCUCACUGGUUCUUCUGUCGACGGGCCGAUGACAACACCUCCUGGCUUCCUUUCAGCAGAGAAGACUCUGACAAACUAGAAAAUGCCUGCUACACUGUGGGAGACGGUGAGGAUGAGGUGGUGAUAGCUGUGGAUGGAGAGCGCUAUGACGUACAUGUCAAGGAGAGGAAGCGCUACGCUGUGUACUGGGACCAAGGCCCCACGGAAGUACGCCGCUGUACCUGGUUCUAUAAAGGGGACAAAGACACCAGGUUCAUGCCUUACUCUGAGGACUUCAGCAAGAGUCUGGAGGAGGCCUAUAUGAUAUCAGUUACCUUGGAUGAAUGGAAAAGGAAACUGGACUUUCCCAAUGGAGAGACUGUCAUCCUACACAAUCCCAAGCUUAUAAUGCAGUAUCAGCCAAUGGGAUUGCAGGAUGAGUGGCCGUCCUCCCCCUCGGAGCAGAACCGGCCUCAAACAGUCAAGAGAGGAGUGAACAACAUCUCUGUAGAAAUACCUGAUGGUGAACCAGAAAAGGUGGACCACCUCGUCUUUAUGGUCCAUGGCAUCGGCCCUGCAUGUGACUUGCGCUUCCGAUCCAUCAUACAGUGCGUAAAUGACUUCAGGAGUGCUACCCUGUCCCUCCUGGCCUCUCAUUAUAAGCGUGCCCAGCAGGAUGGCCAGGUAGGAAGAGUGGAGUUCCUCCCAGUCAACUGGCACAGUGCUCUACAUGGGGAUGCCACCGGUGUGGACGAGGACAUCCAGAGGAUCACUCUACCCAGCAUCAGCAGGCUGAGACAUUUCACCAACGACACUCUGCUGGACCUGUUUUUCUAUAACAGCCCCACCUACUGCCAGACCAUAGUGGACACAGUGGCCUCAGAGAUCAACAAGCUCCACACCCUCUUCAAACAGAGACACUCAGAGUUCAAUGGGGCUGUUUCAGUAGUGGGCCAUAGUCUGGGUUCCCUUAUCCUGUUUGAUCUGCUAACCAAUCAGAGGACUGGAUCAGAAGCCAGAGAGGGGGUGCCCUCUGGUGAGCCCUUACAUCUGAACAGUGACACACUGCAGCAGGCGCUGACCAGACUGGGUCUACAGCAGUACCUGGAUACACUUCAGGCAGAAAACCUAGACCUGGAGUCACUGGCCCUCUGCCAGGAUGAUGAUCUCAAAGAUUUAGGUAUUCCUCUUGGACCUCGGAAGAAGAUCCUAAACUACGUCAGGAAGAAAUGGCUUCCAGAGGAUUUUAAGACAGGGGAAGUACAUCUGCCAGAUGGGUUGCAAGUUCCAACUCAAGUGACCAGCGACCAGGAUGGUAACCAGUCUUCAGGAUUCAUGAUGCAGCAGCCUCAGUUCCACAGGACGCAGUCCAUCACCAGUGCUGUAGACUACGAACACUUUCACGUGGGCAUCGGACAGACCAAUGGAGGCAUAGCCAAGGGACAGGUAUCCAUUGACUACCCACAGCUGGCUUUCCACCCUCAAACAUUUUUUGCUUUUGGCUCUCCUAUUGGUAUGUUCCUGACUGUUCGUGGGCUCAAACACAUUGAUCCCAACUACACCUUCCCAACCUGCAAGAGCUUUUACAACAUCUACCAUCCAUAUGACCCUGUGGCCUAUCGGCUAGAGCCCAUGAUUGUAACAGAGGUGGAUCUGGAGCCCAUGCUGAUCCCUCACCAUAAAGGCCGCAAGAGAAUGCACCUGGAACUAAAGGACAGCUUUACCCGUAUGAGCAUGGAUUUGAAGAACAAUGUUUUGGGAUCGUUACGGACGGCUUGGAUGUCCUUUUCCAGACUACCAGUUGCUGCACUGCCCCCGGUGGAUGAAGGAGACACUACACUAGAGAGAGACCUACAAGAAACACAGGCCUCAGCGGCAGUCACUUCUUCUGCUAAGGUGGAAGAGAAAAGUGCUGAUUUUUGGACUAAAAUACUGGAGUGGCCCAGGGCCCUUCAUAAGCAUUACUUCCAAGGAGUGUGUGAAGAGGCAGAGCCCUCAGUGUCAGCAGAGCAGACGGAGCAGCCUGAGAUUAAAGUGGGGAUGCUGAAUGGAGGACGAAGGAUCGACUACGUACUUCAGGAAAAACCUAUUGAGAGCUUCAACGAGUACCUGUUUGCCAUCCAGUCUCAUCUGUGUUACUGGGAAUCUGAGGAUACUGCUCUCCUGCUGCUGAAGGAGAUUUACGACAAGCUAGGUGUGGCUAUUGAACAGUCACAAUAGUAAUAAAGUUUUAGGAAAGCUGACUUGCUUUUUAGCAAUGACACUAACCUGAAAGUGACAAAAUGAAGGACAGCCGCACAAUCUUCUUCCAGAAUGCCUUACAGUCCGGGUAACCAGGCCUCCCCUUCCUUGAUGUUGAAGAUCGAUUGGUUGAAGUCAGCUGAUCUCGGUUCAGAUGUGACAGUCAGCCUUCAUUUGAGGGAGUGGUGGUUUCACUGUCAUGCUCCUGCUUGCAUUUUUCUCACUUUUGAGAGUCUUUCUUUGUUUGACUUUGACUUUGCACUUUCACUUACAAGCAGGUGUUGACAUAAUAUGCCUCAAGCUGCAGCUGAAUAAUAUCCAAAAAAUAAUUCUAAUGAUAAACAGUAGACACACACAGUACUUGUUCAAAUAUGAAAAAACACAUCACAUUGUGUAUCAAGUAUUAUAUCUAUCACAUUGGAGUACAAACCGGCCAUCCAAGCUGGUUUUAAUAUGUAUUUGUCAAUUAAAAUAUAUUUAAAAAUGCCAGAAUAUAAUAAAAAAAGAUUAUGAUCUGUAAGAUUGUAUAUAAUUCCCAGCCCUAUGUAUAUCAUCCAAUGAUCAUGGAUGUAGAUCUAUAAUUAAAAUUAACUUUAAGUGUGUUUAACAGGGCAUUUCUGUCUGACCCUUUAAACCUACAGCUGUCUUGACCAAUGAAGCUCUCCCUUAGCCAAAAAUUAGACCUAACCUUUAUAAAUAAACAGGUCCAGUGGUUUCCUUUGGUUAACAAUAAAAUAUUUAGGUUCUGAAGGAAAAUAAAGGUUGUUAAUUUG